AUGGAGGGUUCACGUGAUGGUUAUCGUGGUCGAUAUCGUGAUCGACAUAAUAAUUUUUCGACAAAUCGAAAUAAUCAUACGGAUCGUUCAACACGUGGAAACUAUCGUGGACAUCCAUCACAUAGUAAUGAUCAUAAUGGUAAUUAUUCAUCAAGAAAUUCACCAAAUGAAAGUUAUAGUUAUCGUUCAUCACGUAUUUCACUUAAUUCUCGACCUGUUUCAUCACGAAAUGGUCCAUCAAAACAUCAUCGUUAUCAACAUAAUGAUGAUUAUCCAUCUUCAUCAAAUUUUUCUUCGUCAUCAUCUAAUCGAACAAAUAGUGGACAAUCAAAUUAUUAUGAUAAUCAUUCACCAUCAUCAAGAUUUGAUCGAUCAUCAAAUCAUCGUGAAAUAUAUCCAUCAUUAUUAACUGAACAGCCAAUUAUUUCUAAUGGUCCUAUUCCAUCAAAUUCUUUAUAUUAUACAUCAACUCAAUCAAUAUCACCUUUACGUGAUCGUGGAUUACCAUUGCCUCCAUCACAACAUAUUAAUUCCGAACGUAAUCGAUAUAUUUCAUCACCUUCAAAUUAUCGACGAAAUAGUCCUCCACCACCUGUUUCAUCUUAUCGAAAUGAACGUUCAAUGGAUUAUGGACCUCGAAAUACAAGUAAUGAUGUAUAUAUGCGUAAUGAAUAUCGAUCUCUAACGCCUCCACCAUUGGCUCCUGUAUCUGCACGUAAGGAUCCAUAUGGUGGUGAAAUAUAUCGAACUAAUGAUUAUGACACACGUUCUGAACGAUAUGAUAUACCACCGAACCGAAAUAAUACAUCAUCACGUGAUUAUUCAAUGGCAUCUGUAUCAUCAUCUACUUAUCGUAAUGAUUUAUAUCGAAGUUCAUCAAAUAUUUCAAUGUCAUCACCAUCAUCAUAUAUGACACGUGAACAAUAUGUACAAGAUGUUAACUAUCGUCCAAUAUCUCAAUCAAGAGAUUAUCCAAGUACAUCAUCAUCAUCACGUAGUAAUUAUACAUCAUCAAUGGAUCAUCAAGAAGGUUUAUUUCGAAAUGUUCGUGAUCGUAAUCAUAAUGAUAAUCGUUCAUCAUCUCAUCGAGAUCGUCCAAAUUUGAAACGUUCCGGUUCAAGAUAUAAUGAUAAUGGACCUAUACCAUCUAAACGACCUAUGAGACGAUAA